CUUUAAAUCCCGCGCCGCCGCCGCCUCCUCUCUCUCCCCCGCUCUCUUCCAAUCCAAUCUCUCCCUGCGCCUCCACCCACUCGAUCGCCGCCGGCGAGCCAAGGGGGGGAGAGGAACCACGCCGGCCCGAUCGCCAGCCAUGGCCCGAUCGCCAGCCAUGGCCCGCGGAGAGAACCAGGAGUCGCAGACUGGCAACGUCCCCGCGGCUUCGGCGUCGGCGGCGGGGCCGAAGCCGGCGGCGGCGGGGCCCGGGAAGGGCGCGGAGGGCCAGUCGGUGGUGCGGCGGCUGCAGUCGGAGCUGAUGGCGCUGAUGAUGGGCGGCGACCCCGGCGUGUCGGCGUUCCCGGAGGGGGACAACAUCUUCCACUGGGUGGGCACCAUCGCCGGGUCGGCGGGAACCGCCUACGAGGGCACCUCCUACCGCCUCGCUCUCGCCUUCACCGCCGAGUACCCCUACAAGCCGCCCAAGGUGCGGUUCGACACGCCGUGCUUCCACCCCAACGUCGACGCCCACGGCAACAUCUGCCUCGACAUCCUCCAGGACAAGUGGUCCUCGGCCUACGACGUCCGCACCAUCCUGCUCUCCAUCCAGAGCCUCCUCGGAGAGCCGAACAACGACUCGCCGCUCAACACGCAGGCGGCGGCGCUCUGGGCGAACCAGGAAGAGUUCAGGAAGAUGGUGGAGAAGCUCUACAAGCCCGCCGCGUAGAGGAAGGGGGAGUAAGGCGCCCGGCGCAGAUGCCGCCGGCGCGGCUUCGCGAGUGGUGGCAUGGAGAAGCUCCGCAAGCAGUGAUCUCGCUUCGAUGACAAGGGGGUUAGGUGCAUUCUUUGGUCGGGUUCGGUUUCGGUUUCCAGUCUGGUGGUAUAGCAGGGGAGGAUGCGAGUCGCCUCGUGCUUGGCGAGUCUGUAAUUGUUUUUUGAGUUCUGGAUGUUCAGUGGCAGUGAUUCGUUUCACAGUAGUAGUUGUUAUCGCCUCUUGUUGUUUCAAUCUUGAUUCUGGAGCGACAAAUUCCAUCUCAGAAAUGCUCAGAAAACGCAUCAGCGGGAUCUCGAGGAUGUUCACAAACUGCAUCAGCGUGAUCUCGAAAAAGUGCGGUUUCAAAUGACCUCUGUUUCCCA